GUUGGGCUUUUUUAUUUUCUUCUCCUUGCGCCUCACUCUUUUUGCAGAUUCGUCUACAAAAUGUAUCCUGCUCCUCAUGGUACUUCCCAAGGGGAAUACGACCAGUAUCCUAUGCAAGAUACCACAUUCUUGUCACAACCCGUCAACAGGGGCGGUCAUCCUGGCUACCAACACGCAGACCCGUUUGAUGAUCAUAACGCAGGUUAUUCAGAAUCCAUGAACGAACCUUUGCUCAACAGUCCAGCUCCAUCCCCUUCACCCAGUGGCUACCCUGACAAUAACAGCGGUAUCAAAUUUGCCCCACCUGCUUCCCCUGGGCCGUAUUUUGGCGAAGCCCCACGCCGACAACCCAGACGAUACAAGACAACGCGAAGAGUUCAGCUGACGGGGGGUAAUUUGGUGUUGGAUUGUCCGGUGCCUAACAAAUACCUUGACGCUGUUCCUAAACGUGAUGCACAUGAAUUUACCCACAUGCGUUAUACCGCUGCUACUUGUGAUCCAUCUGAAUUUGUAUCACAAGGUUAUACCCUACGUCAAGCUCUCGGGGGCAGACAGACCGAACUCUUCAUUGUCAUGACCAUGUACAACGAAGAUGAAGUGUUGUUUGCUCGUACAAUGAAUGGUGUCAUGAAGAACAUCUCUCAUUUGUGUACUCGUGAUCGAUCGCGUACUUGGGGUGUUCAAGGAUGGGAAAAGGUCACUGUAUGCAUUGUAUCGGACGGUCGUUCAAAGAUUCAUCCCCGCACGCUCUCCGUCCUGGCUGCUAUGGGAGUUUAUCAAGAUGGUGUUGCCAAGAACGUGGUCAACAACAAGCCUGUUACAGCCCAUUUGUACGAAUUCACAACUCAAAUCUCAGUCGACCCGGAUAUGAAAUUCCGCGGUGCCGAUAAGGACGUUGUACCAUGUCAAAUCUUGUUCUGUCUGAAAGAAAAGAACGCCAAGAAAAUCAACUCGCACAGAUGGUUCUUCCAGGCUUUCGGUCCUGUCAUUAACCCCAACGUAUGCGUCUUGCUUGAUGUUGGUACUCGACCAGGUGGUACCUCCAUUUACCACUUGUGGAAAGCCUUCGACAUUAACUCCAAUGUGGCCGGUGCUUGUGGUGAAAUUCGUGCCAUGGCGGGUAAAGUCGGUGUGAAUCUUUUGAACCCUCUGGUCGCCACUCAAAACUUUGAAUACAAAAUGUCUAAUAUUCUCGACAAACCCUUGGAGUCGGUGUUUGGUUAUAUCUCUGUCUUGCCCGGUGCUUUCUCUGCUUACCGAUACAAGGCUCUUCAAAACGAUGUCAAUGGCCAUGGUCCACUUGAAAAGUACUUCUUGGGUGAAACCCAACACGGUGGUGAUGCGGAUAUCUUCACUGCCAAUAUGUACUUGGCUGAAGAUCGUAUCUUGUGUUACGAGUUGGUGGCCAAGAAGGAUGCUCACUGGAUUCUUCAUUACGUUUCCAGCGCUUAUGGUGAAACCGAUGUGCCUGACAGUGUUCCUGAAUUCAUUUCUCAACGUCGUCGAUGGCUUAACGGUUCUUUCUUCGCUGGUAUCUAUGCUUUGGUCCAUUGGCGAAAAAUUUGGGGUUCCGACCACUCCUUCCUCCGCAAGAUGGCUUUGAUGAUCUUGGAUCUUUACCAAACGUUUAAUUUGAUCUUUUCAUGGUUUGCCAUUGGAAACUUUUACUUGACCUUCUUCAUUCUUACAAAUGCCCUCGACUCUGAUACCCUGACCCCCAAACCAUUCCCUGCCAACGUCGCUUUUGUCAUUCACUCGGUUCUCAAUUAUAUAUACGUUGUUCUUAUUGUUAUUCAGUUUAUUCUCGCUAUGGGUAAUCGACCCCAAGGUUCCAAAUGGGCCUAUAUCAUCAGUAUAUGCUUCUUUGCCUUCCUUAUGGCAUACAUGUUGUUUGCUACCAUUUGGAUCACUGUGGUAGGCGUCCAGGCAGCCAUUGCAAACUCUGCAGGAUCACAAAACAUGUUCUUUGCUUUGAUUGAACAAUCAUCGUUCCGAAAUGUCAUUGUGGCUGUUUGCUCUACCUAUGUCCUCUACUUCCUUGCCAGUUUCAUGUUCUUUGAUCCCUGGCACAUGUUCACCAGUUUCAUCCAGUACACCUUCAUGGCCCCCAGUUUCAUCAACAUCUUGAACGUUUAUGCUUUCUGUAAUACCCACGAUGUCAGUUGGGGUACCAAGGGUGACAACACCAUUGCCACGGAUCUCGGUGUGGUCAAGUCUAAGAAGGAUGCGUCUGGCGAGCAUACGGUUGAAGUAGCGGUUCCCACCGAGCAAAAGGAUUUGAACGCCCUGUAUGAAGAAGCAUGUCUUGAUCUGACCAAGAAGGCAGCACCGGUUGUACAGCACCGUGAUGCCAAAACAAAGCAAGAAGAUUAUUACAAGGCUUUCCGUACCAAGCUUGUCAUCUCUUGGAUUGUGUCCAACUUGGCUUUGGUAGCUGUCAUCACCAACGCGCAAUUGUUGCAUUGGUUUGGUGACUUUGAAGAGCGUAGUACCGGAUACCUUGGUUUCAUUCUGUGGUCUGUCGCUGGUUUAGCUGCAUUCCGCUUCGUUGGAACAUGCUUGUACCUUGUGUUCAAGAUCUUCACUGGGUAAAUGAUCCCCGCCCUCCCGCCUAUUCAUUUUACACGUCUGCAUGCCUUCAUUUGAAACAAUCAAAAAAUAUUCCCCCACACCUGUAUCAGUUUUGACUCUUUGAAAAUACCAAAAAAAAAGAACAAGCAAUGAUAUUCUGUACUAAGCCUGAUAUCACUUUUUUCUAUAACUUUUGACAAUCUGCGUCCUGUUUUCCUCUAAACCUGUAUAAACGCUUAUUACCCAACCGUCCAUUCCGUGACUUGACUCAUUUUGAAAUACAACGAU